GGCUGUCUUGAUGACGUGUCCUGGGCGUGGCGGAAGUGCGGCCGGGAUAGAGGGCCCCUCCCACAUGAGCCUCCCCCGGGAUGAGCUCCAAGGCCAAGCGGGUGCUGCCCACCCGCCCUGAGCCCCCCAGCGUGGAGCAGAUCCUGGCCGACGUGCAGGGCACGCACCCCUCCGACCCCGUGUUCGUCCUCCCCGCCGAGCCCCCCCAGGACCACGGCCCCGCUCCAGGCUGCCCCGAGCCCGCGGCCGAGGAGCGGGAGCGGCUGUACCGGCAGAUCCGCUCCUACGUGGGGAUGAACCAGCGGCUGCAGCAAUCCCGGCUGCAGCUGCGGGAGCGGCGCCGGGAGCUGCAGAGGGUCGGGGAGGCGCUGGACCGCGGGAUCGCCGAGAUGAGGCAGAAGGCGUUCUGAGGGGCCGUGCUGGGCGCCUCGGGACACCCCACGCUGUGGUUUCACCCUCGCAAAACCGCUUGCAUCGGGAGGAUCCGGAUUUGCCGGGACAGCCCCGGCUGUGCCACCCCAGUGACCUUUUCCCGGGGAGCACUGGGAUCCGCCAGGCCAGCACGGUGGCACUUUCCUGGUGCUGGGAUGAAGGCUUGCACCCCUCCUUCUGCCCCUGAACCGGCUGCCAUGUCCCCCGUGGGUGGCACGUCCUCUGCUCCCUACGACUUCAGCCUCUGGUACUUCCCCGAGGAUGACCACGUCGCCUCCCGCAUCGCAGAGCGCCUGAGGGAGGAGGGAUUUCGGGGCUUCACGGAGCACCAGGACCAAGUGGCUGGGACAUCCGUCAUCCUAUCGGCCGUGGAGGCCAUCGAGGCCAGCCGGGUGGCCAUCCUGCUGCUCUCGGCCAAGUCCGUGGGCGACCGGUGGUGCGAGCACGUGUCCCAGUGGAACCUGUUCCGCAGUAUCCACCAGCGCGGCCCCAGGGUGGUCCCCGUGUGCGUGGGGGUGACCAGAGCCGAGGUGCCGGCGUUCCUGCAGCACCUCGUCCCGCUGGAAUACCAGAACGAGUUCUUCUUCCAGCGGCUGCUGGCCAGCCUGAGGUCCCGCCCAAGGAGCCGGGCCAGGCGGGUCCCGCCCGAGGGCACGAACUGAGGGACCGCCAGGGGGGCUGGGUCGGGGGCCAGCACCGCCCCAUGGUGUGAAAAACUGCCCUGUUUUGCUAAUAAAGGUGGUGGGAGUGCCUCA